AUGCAAUGGGAUAAGGAUGAGGCCCGGGUGGGAACUGGGGGCGGGAUUUUGCCGUUUUGGCCAAGGCACUCAGGUCAGCUCGGAAACAGAGAGAUGAUACUGGUGGCCGUGGUGGCGGAGCUGCUGGAGGAGUACACGGUGGUGGUGGCGAGGGUGCUGGAGCACCUGCUCCACGACGCUCCUUUCCCCCGCCGGGUUCGAUUUCUCAUCCUCCGCCGCCUUCCUUUCGUCUCCCCUUCUCCUCCUCCUCCUCCUCCG